CAAGGACGAAUGACGUCAUGGACACGAUGGCAGUGCUUAAGCUGGCAAGUGGCGGACAAGUAGAAACUAAGUUUUAACAUUAAACAAUUUGGACUCGAGCUUAAACUAUGGCUUAACAUUAAAUUUUAAUUGAGCCAUCUUAAAAAGUUAGAAAGUUAAGUUAAGUUGAUGCUAACAUUUGCACUGUCAGUCUCUCUUAUUACGAUUUUUAACUUUGAACAGAAAGGUCAAAUUUUCCUAACUGGCUCGUUCUAUCACUUGACCCCAUAUACACGUGACGGUCGAUUUGCCACUUCCGGGUCGGCGACCUCAGACGAUGACCUCUAUAUGCUCGAGCUGAUGAAGACGCCACCUUCCCACAAUAAUAAAGACACUGGUGAGUUGUCCACGUUUGAUUGGUUCUUUAUGACAAACAUGAAAAAACCACCCAGUAAGCGUAACUCGAAGCUUUCGUGUGUACAACUCUACUAUGUAACUGUAAAAUUCAUCCCAUUCUUCGAAUAUUAUAUAUAUGUUUAUAUAUUUAUUUAUUUAUUGUUUACAAGCAGUGUUUCUCUAAGGCAUCUAUACCCCACACAACGGAGUGCGUCGUCUACCUCCACCACUGGAGUAAAAAUGGUUAAAAAUGAAUCGAAGUAAAAAAAAAUUGCAUUUUCACCAGUUUUAAUUGCAAUUUUAAUCUAAUAACAUGUAGGCAGCGAAGGCACCAGUGAAUACUCGCUAUCCUCUGCAUACCUGAUGUUGAUUACAAAUUAUAUUUUAAAUUGGUAUUUAAUUAUUAUCAUUUUGUGUGUGUGUGCAACAUACCUGGAUUAAAGACUUACAUGUCUGGGUAAACGUGCUGGCCUGUUCUCAGAACCAUACGGAAUUAAACUAACUUUCCAUCGUUUGAAUGGCGUACAUUUUAAAAUUGGUUGUUGCUAACUAUAAAACAUGAGCCAUUUGUUUCCAUUUUCUAUUUCUUUACAAUAUAACAUCAAAUUUUAAACAAGGACAGAAUGUUAACUGUGCAUUGUCAUCAUGUCAUCAAAGAGGCUGAUGUCUGCAUUCGUGCUACCACGCAUGGACUACUGCAAUGCUCUUAUGGUGGGUCUUCACCCUAGGCUUCUGGAUAAAAUUUUAAUAAGCACAGAAUAAUGCGGCUCGCGUUGUUCUUCGAAAACGCAAAGUCAACCAUGCAAAAAUAUUUCUGAGAGAGUUUCAUUGGCUGCCGAUCCGCGCUCGCAUAGAGUACAAAAUUGCAACUCUGUGCUACCGCUGCUGGCAUGACCUGGCCCCAUCCUAUCUCAAAGAACUACUGACGCCUUAUGUACCGACUAGACGACUCUGCUCAUCCGAUAGUGGCAGACUCUCGAUACCACGUGUUCACCUUGAAACAACAAUUUGGAACACCCUUCCUGUCGCUCUCAGAAACAGUCAGACACUGGAUUCUUUCAAAACUGAUUUGAAGACUUAUCUAUUUCGCAAACACCUGCUGGGGGUGAUGUUGUCUAUCUAGCUAUUAUCUUGUAGAUGUAUAUUGGCCUGUGUUGUUUUUGAUUGCAAGGUAUGAAAGACUUAGAAUGGGCAGUUUUUGUUAUGUUGCAUUUUGUACUUCAAUUUGGUAUGUACCACGCUUCGAGCCUUUGGGGAUGAAGCGUGAUUUUCAAAUAAUCUUUAUUAUUAUUAUUAUUGUUAUUAUUAUGUUUUAAAAUAUAGCACAUGUAAUUAUUAUCAAUUUAUAAACGUUGUCAUUUAGUAUAUUUCUACAAGGCUAACUUUUGUCUCUUUUUGUAUCUUGUAAGAUUUAGGAUAUAUUUUGGAAGCUAAUUAAUAUACCUCCAUUUAUUGACGGACCCUUCAUUGCAUGGAGAAAUCUCAUUCUUUCCAGUAAUCCACAAGAGCGUUGGGGCCACCUUCCCGUUUCCUGCCACACCAAAUAACUUCACCGUACGACGUCCCGUCCGUCACGCGUCUGGAACCUACCGCAUCGACGUUGCCGUUGUGGUUGAUUACGCCGGCUAUGAACAGUUUCACAAG